UUUUUAUCAUAAUUGUUAUUGUCCUGAGUUAUCAACUUUUUUUAUCCCACGUUGACUGUGAUGGAAAUAAAAAAAAAGGGAUAACGAGGUUGAUCAAUCAGGAAAAUUAACAAUUAUGAUAAGUAAAACGCCCAACAUGUACGAAUAUGUGUAUGCAUGAAGGUCAUUAUCAUCGUGUAUCAAAACUAAAACUACUAAUUGGCUAUUUCUACAGGUUACCGGCAAUAUAGCAUACAAUGAAACCCUAACGCAAAAAGGUAAAACAUUGUAACAAAAUGUAAAUUAAUUCAACACAAAAGAAAAAGUAAUGUAAAUUUCCCACGUCACAAGACCGUAAUGGAAUAACAAAAUAGGAAGACGAAGUUGACAAAAUCAGGACUAUUAACAAUUACGACAAGACGUCCAACAUUUAUAAAUAUGUGCAUGUAUGAAGAACAUUAUCAUCGUGUCUCAAAACCAAAACUAUUAUUCGAUCAUGUCUCCUACAACCACAAUGAUUUUUCUUUCUCUUCAACUCAUUACAUCUUUUCUCUUUACCGCCAUUGCCUCAUCAUCACCUCCCGGUGGGUUCACCAUUGACGUAAUCCACCGUCGCUCUAAUUCAUCCUCUUCUCGUUUCUCUAAAACAGAUGAUGAUCAGCUCGGAUCACCCUACGCCAAUACUGUCUUUACCACCUCCGAGUAUCGAAUGAAGCUACAAAUCGGUACUCCUCCUAUCGACAUCGAGGCCCUCAUAGACACGGCAAGUGGCAUCGUAUGGACACAAUGUUUGCCUUGUCUUAGCUGCUACGACCAACAAGAUCCCAUAUUCGACCCUUCAAAAUCCUCAACCUACAAGGAGAAAAUAUGCGACCAGGACCCUAACAACCCUUGUCGUUACGAGGUUACCUACGCAGACCAAAGCUAUUCCAAGGGAGCGUACGCGACCGAGACGGUCACGUUCCAAUCGACUUCAGGACAACCCUUUGUGAUGGCUCAAACAAACAUCGGUUGUGGCCACAACAACUCGGUGACUUUAUCUCCUGCCGCUUCGGGCAUUAUUGGUCUAGAUCGGGGAGCUUCGUCGCUCAUCUCGCAAAUGAGCCAAAACUUUUUUAGUUUUUUCUCUUACUGUUUCUCUCGUAAAGAAACUAGUAAGAUCAACUUCGGAAGUAACGCUGUUGUGUCGGGAGACGGAACUGUAUCAACCACUAUGUUUAGAAACACGGAGAAACCUAACUUCUACUACCUAAACCUAGACGCGAUAAGCGUUGGAGAGAACCGGGUUGAGACAAUGGGGACACCCUUGUACUCCUUAGAAGGGAACAUUAUCAUAGACUCUGGAACCACUUACACUUACUUGCCCGAUAGCUUCUGCAGCAAAGUGAAGGAUGCGUUGGAUAGCGUCGUGAAGGUGGAGCGAGCAGCUUUUUCGGGGGAUAUGUUGUGCUACAAUACUGCCGACAUAGAUAUAUUUCCGGUGAUCACAAUGCACUUCUCGGGUGGUGCGGAUCUUGUGUUGGAUAGAUACAACAUGUAUGAUAACACUGGAGAUAACUAUUGUUUGGCGAUUUCGUGUGUUGGUCCGACGGAAGAUGCAGUCUUUGGGAACAGAGCACAGAACAACUGGUUGAUUGGUUAUGAUACUUCUUCGGAGCUUGUUUCUUUUAAGUCCACUGAUUGUUCUGCGUUGUAUUAAGAGAAAAUAAACCAAAAGAGUUUCUCUGUUAUAGUAUUUAACUUCAGUAUGUAGUAGUCUUUUUAUUAAAACUAUACACAAUAUGCUUAUGGUUUAGGGAACGAACAACAUGCCAACGUCAUAUGUCCUAGAACUAAUAUACAGAGAGCUUCAUGUUUAAAUGUCUCCUCUCAAUCACUUUUUUUUUUGUCUUUUCAAAUGAUGACUAUUGUUUAAAAUUAUUUAAAUUCUCAUAUCAAUCUAAAUAUUAGAUGUAAGAGCAUGAUGCGCACAUCAGUGGCAGAAAAUAUGAGUCUCUAAACAUAAUUAAUAUACUAUUAAAAAAAGAGACAAUGUGUAGAAUAUCCCUAAUUAAGGUCUAAAUUUGCUGAAUGCCCAUAAUUAUGGAUAACUUAAAAAAGAGUAAUCUUUUGACACUGUGCGGACGAAAAUGCCCUUAUGCUUUGUCGAAAACAAGUAACUCUAGAUCUAUCAGCUAAAUAUUUACAUAGCAGGUAAUAAUCUAUAUACCAACUAACAUAUCCGCUAAUAAUUUCAGUAUCAUCUAACAAUCUAUGUAUCAAACAAAUGUAUCGACUAACAAAUCAUAUAUCAGUUAAUGAAACUAUUAACAAUUACUUAGUUAUCUAUUGAAUAGCUCCAAAUCUAUUUGUAACAGCUAACACUUCAUGUAUCGAUUAAGAAUCCAUUAAAAUCUAAAUAAUAGCAGGUACGUAAUAAAAUAUCUACUAACAUAUAUAUUAUCUAAAAGUUGAUUGUGAUUCGAAAUGGGAAACAUUGGAAUUGGGGUGAAAUAAUAAGAUUAGCAUUAUGAGUGUUAAAAGAAUCAGAAUAAAAAAAUAAAGAUUUGUGUUGAAUUAAAAGAUGAUUUGAAGAAUUUGUACGAGAGAUAAAGAGAUUAGAACACAUAAAAGGGAGAAGAAAGAGAGAUAGAGAUAAGGGUAUUAUAGUCAUUAAAAAUAUUAAAAAGAAAUAAAGUUAUAUGGUAAUUACAUGGGUUUCUGGUUGCAUCUACGCCAAUUACUCUUAAAAAAAAUUAAAAAGGAUGAGAAAGAUGUAGAAAAAAAGCAAGGACGCUUCUUUUUUCAUAAAAUUGUAGAAAAAAGCAAGGAGGCUUCUUUCUCAUACGAAGUUUUUCUGCCAUUUAGCAAUUUUUGAAUGGUAGAAUUUCUUUUUAACAUUUAAAUUUAAAUACUCACAAAUAAUCAUAUUUAAAUACUAAUAUAAUAAUUAUUAGAGACUUAGACUGAGAGACUAUACAUUAAUGAUGCUCUAAACUGAUGUAAAAAACAUUACAUAAAACAGUUAACUAUAUUUUUGAAACAUUCAUACGAAAUCAUCAUAACCCAGUUUUUUUCAAAAUUCAAACAACUUUCGUUUCUAAGAAUUAAAAAAAAAAGUCUUGUUCAUUGAAUUGAUUAUAUGCAACACUGAUUUUUACGAUGCAUUACUAAAAGUGUCAUGCCAAAUACAAAAUUAUCAUAACCAUAAUAAGUUUUCAAAACUUUGAGUACUGUUUUUUAUUUGAUUAAAAAAAGAGUAUUGUUUCUAUUUAUUAAAAAAAAUUCUCUUGUUCAUUGAAUUGAUUAUGUAAGCAACUUUGAUUUUGUAAGAUACAAUAAUGUGUCAUUACUCAUUAGUUUAAGAUCUAAUCUUAUAUAAUAAAUCAGAGUUUUCUCUCACCUCCUCUAGCCAUGUCAGCACGGAGAGAGGGGCUUUUGCCGAUACGUGUCGCUCAGCCAGUCCCCCGUGAUUCUUUUAUUUCGGCUGUUCUGUAUUAAUUUUAGUGUCUUAGAGUUGGGCUUUUAUUUAAUUGAAUAGUUUUGGCCCGUUUACAGACCCAAUUGGUAUUAAGUUUGUCGCCGUCUUCCUCUUUCUGAAGCGAUAUCGACGAUGUAAUUCACCAACUUAAACCAUCGAUCCAAAAUCUGAAACGCCUCGCGAUCCAUAAAUCAUUUCUUUACUGAGUUUUCUUAAUUAACCCACUCCGUCUACAUGAAUCAAUCAAUAUACCUCUUCGUUUUCCACAGUAAAUGGUUUAAGCUUCAUGUCGCUCGCAGAUGUUUUGGGAGGCGAGAAACAUGGAAACUGAUGAGUGUUGACAUGUAGCUCAUCGAAACGUAAGCACAAUCAUCUCAUACUAACCUUCUAAACAAUUUCAUUUUUUUUCCAAUUUAUGAAUAUUUUGUUUUUUUUUGCUUCCCUCAGUCUGGAUGGUGCACGGAACUGUUUCUAUAUAUGCUUCGCCACUCCAGGUUCAGAAAACCUCUCACCGAAGGCUCUGUCUACAGUCUAAGAAUGUGACCCGGAGCAACCCCAAAUUCCGGUUAUCUGAAGGGCCCGUGUCAAUACGUUUCAAUGAUAAAACGGCUUUUGAUAAGGGAUCAAAUAAUCAGGGAUAGACCCUACAAUGGUAUCGCAAAACUGAAAAACAAGUGCAGCUCUUCCUCCGAGGUAAGAGCCUUCCAUUUGUUUCUGUUAUUCUCCGAGUGACAUUUUCUACUACUAGCCUCAUGUUCUCAGUUCAGGUAUACAUGAGUAACAUUCUCUGUUAAUUUCUUUUGAUAUAGUGCAACUCAGAGCCAUGGGUCAAGUCUUAUCUAAGGCUAUGAUGCAGUUAUAUUACUCCGAGUUGGUUACUUGAAAGCUGAAACAAUGCUUCAAACUGCCGAUGAACAAGUCAUGACCUUAAAGAAGCAUAGUGCUUUUCUGGCUCAGUUAGCAGCAAAAACAAAUCAAUAUGCAGAGUCAGUUAGCAGAAACAAUCAUAUCUAACACUUGAUUCGUGCUCAGGUCUGUAAGUUUGCUUUGUUUACUGAAUUUUAUUUUUUCUGAGGAUCCUUCUAACCAUGUGUUUCACCUUGUGACAGAUAACUCAAUUUUGGAACAAUUAACAUGUGGUUCCUCCUUAACCCACCUGGAAAGGCAACCAUUCAUGUGGCAAACGUGUAUUCUUUAAUGCAACAUAUGAGACUCAAUUCAACUUCGUCAAUGAGACCUGUGCUGGUUAUUGGUUCCUCGACAAGUAAGAUGCUCAAAUAAUAGUCUGUUACUUACACUUUCAUCAUAGACGCCUACUCAAACAUGACACAUUAUUCACCACAUGUUGUGUUAAUCUAAUGGUCAUUGCUUCUCAAGUUCUUCGAUGUAUGGAUGUGUUCAGAAAAUAUAAACAGUAACGGUGCCAGAGCUUGAUUCAUCACCACAGGUCAAUACCGUACUAGGUUCUUAUUUUUAAGCAUGACCCGAGUGUGGAGGACCCGUUGCGAUCUCCCUUAAUGUCUCCCGCAUCUCUGCUGUCAGUAGAGCCUACACUUUUCAGUUGCAGCCGUCCAAAUUCAAAUUCUCUUCCAACUAUCAGACAUUCACUAUCUCCGCUCUUCGAUCGCAACUGAUAUAGACACAGUAGUAGCUAUCUAACAUUGGGAUACACGUAAGUCCAUCGUUAUCAGAAUGCCUUUUCAUCUAUAAUCAUCUGAAAAGUGACAUUAAAUGGUGUGUUGAUAGGGAGACAAUCACAACCCUGACGAUGAUAUACCGGGAGCCACAUAUGUUUUCUGCAAGAGUUCUGAGGGAAUGAAGCUCAUUGGUAGCUACUGGCCUUGCUCACAUCAGCUCGCAAGUCAAAAUGACAAAAACUUCUCAAGUUUCAGAGAUUACGACCCUAUUUACUCGCAAGUCUUGAUAUACCUGCUAUGUUUUCAAAUAAUGCGCACAAUAAAUUCGUACUUUGCACUUAUUCAAGACUUUUGCUUUGCUUAUUCGCUACUUUUGGUCAGCUUACUAACAGAAAACAACAGUGUCCUACAAACUUAAUGAAAGGGUGAUGUUUUCUCCAUCCAAGUCACCUAAGUAUGGUCAGAGAAGAGAAAAAACACAAUAGUAGCUAUCUAACAUCCAACCACAGAUUUACAUUGGAAGUCCAUGCAAAUGCACGCACACGAUGGUUUCGUUCUUAACAUAUUUCCAUCCUAAAACUUAACAAUGUUACUAAUAACUAAAAUAAAUAUAUAUAUAUAUAUAUAUAUAUAUAGAGAGAGAGAGAGAGAGAGAGAGACUGCACCAAAGAGUCAAAAAAAAUUCCUAUAGAUAAAAGCAAAAGACUUUUAGACAAGUACAUGCAUGCAACUCAGAGAAAAACAUAUUUUCCUUUCCUCUAAAGUCAUUUUGAGAGUUCAUUGAAUGAACAAUUAAUUUCCAUUGUUUAGUUUUUCGUAAAAAUAUAAAUCAACAGUAACCAUUUUUUAGUAUCGGUAGUGAAAUAUCUCUAAUAAUUAGGAAUCUAGGAAGCCAAAAUAUGAAAAGAUAUAUAAUAGUAAAACAUAACUCAUAAUGUGAAAGUGAACUUACCAUUAAUCAUCAAAUAAACACAAAUACAAAUAUAUCUGAAUUGAACAACACUAAAAAAAAUAGAAUGGGAAAUAACAUGUCAAUAUACUUAACAUAAAUGGAUAGUUCCAAAGUUCACAAAAUCUUGUUUACUCCCCAACCCUUCAAUUUCACAUUUGGCUCAUGAUUUCAUAUUUGAGACUUUAUUUUUAAUUGUCGGGCUACUAAUUUGACAUCUAUCCAUUCAAUGAAUUCGUCAAACGGCACAUUGCCUUACUCCUAACAUUGUUGAAGCCAUAAUGCUAAAUCUAAUUUACAUUGAUUUUGUAAAUCCAAAGGACCUCAAGUCGUCAUUCAGUUGAUGUUGCUGUUCUCCUUUACGUUCCACAAAACUAUAUUUCUACUAUGAAAAAAUAAAUAAACAAACAAACUGAUUAUCUUUAUAUAUAAAGGAGAGUUGUCUCUCUCCUUAGGCUAUCCAGCUCAGCAAAUAGGGAGCGGCGUUUUCCGCCACGUGGCAGUCCAAUAUUUAACUUGAAAAUCUAUUACACUGAACUUUUGUUACGCUGGCCCGAAAUUUAAAACCUUACAGUCCAUUGGGCCGUCCUUUGCAAUUUAUUGACCUAAAAGAAGCCGCUGCGACCGUUGGUUUAUACAACACCGACGGCCUUAGGCUAUCAUUCAAUCGCCCAAUAAUGAUCGCAUUUACGUCAUCUCCCCACUUCCUCCACUCCCUCACAUUCAAUGGAUAAAUGUCAACUGUAGGACACGACUGUGAUUUGUUUGUAUUAGCAACCUGAGAACAUAACUGUGGGAAUGAAAUAAGUAAAAAGAAAUCUUGAAACAUAUGUUUAACAAUAAUUGUUACAUAUCACACCAAUAUAAAUAUAAAUUUAUACCAUUAUAUUUUACAAAACUAAACAAAGAAUAACAGAGAAUAAAACAUACGAACCCGGCGCUACGCGCCGGAAUACCACUAGUAAUAAAAUAAAAAGAAAUUUAAUCAUAUAAAAAAUAAUGCAAGUGCGUUAUAGUAUUUUCAAGUACAAGAAGCUCAAUUUGACGGCGUCACCAUAUCGGCUCCUCUUUAACGCAGGACAAAGACACCGUUACUUGAUUGAGAAACUGAAACGGUACGAUGUCGCUAAAGCGGAGGGACCUGAGGUUAGACCCCAUGAGAUCACCGGAGAAGAGCGUUUCUACCUGAAGAAGAUGGGUCAGAAAAGGUCUAACUACGUGCCGAUUGGGAGGAGAGGAGUGUUCGGUGGCGUGAUUCUAAACAUGCAUUUGCACUGGAAGAAGCAUGAGACGGUUAAGGUUAUCUGCAAUAACAGUAAGGCGGGACAAGUGCAACAGUACGCGGAGGAGCUUGCUGAACUGAGUGGUGGUGUGCCUGUUAACAUAGUCGGCGAUGAUACGAGCAUAUUUUAUAGAGGGAAAGGUUACGUUCAGCCAAAUGUUAUGUCUCCUAUCGAUACAUUGUCGAAGAAAAGGGCAUAUGAAAAAUCAAAGUACGAACAAUCUCUUGAGUCGGUGAAACACUUCAUAGCAGUUGCAGAGAAGGAAAUUGAACUAUACUACAGGCAUGUUGCUCUUUAGGAUGACCCGAUUAACAGGAAUCCGCUGUCUAUCUUGGAUGAUUCUCCAUCGGAAUCAGGUGGUGAAUCAUGUGAUCACCACCGAAAUAAGCUUGAUAUAAGUUGUUCAGACACUGAAGAUGAAGAGCUCUGUCAGUUAGACACUGGUUCUUAUGAAGAUUUUUAUGAAACUGGAAGGUAGUUUGGACUUCUUGAAACAUUGGUUUAUAGGUCUUGUCAUAAAUAAAAUGAAAUUUCUCGUUGAGAAAGUUGCUUAA